CUCCAAGUCACUUCUACUACGAACAUUUACAAAGCCCGCUGUGUCACGGAUUAACCAGGUACAGAGAGUAGCUACAGCCAAGAUGUCUACUGGCGUACCAUCUGUAAACCCCUCCGGGAACCUCAACAUCGAAAGCACCGACAUCCAGACCGCCCCGGGCGUCACCCUCUCGGAGCAACAACGCACGAUCGUCGGCUCCGUGCUCGACCUCUUCGCGGGCUGGCCGUCCCUGGCUAAACUCGCCCUUUGGCGGGACGACGCCACGUUCACUGACCCGAUCACCAUCGCGACUGGGCGCGACAAGUACGCUGCGCAGUGGUACGGUUUGCAGUCCGCGUUCAGCGAGAUUGAGCGGCUGCACCACAGCGUCAAGGAUGCUGGGAACCCGAUUCUCAUGGAUCUAAAGACGCGGUAUGUUGUGAAGGGCAUUGGCAAGGAGCAGACGAUCCAGAGCCUGGUUGCGAUUCAUCUGGAUGAGCAAGGGAGGAUUAGUAAGGUUGAGGACAAGUGGGAUGGAAAGCUGCCUGAUAGUUCGAUUGCGAAUGCUUUUCGACAUUUGAACGCGGUUUCGGUGCCGAAAAUGAUUAAUGUGCCGAAGAAUGAGGAGGAAGAUGCGAAGAAGGGAAACUGA